GCAGCCCGACAAAUCGACGCCACCGAGGAGGGCGCCGAAGCGGCCCGACGCAGCGGAUGCUCGCCGGCGGCACCUGCGUCCCCGCUUGAAGUCGAAGAUCUCCUCGGGGAGAUCCUUCUGCGUCUCCCUCCGCAGCCAUCCUCCCUCACGUGCGCCUCCGCCAUCUGCAAACGCUGGCAGCACCUCGUCACCAACCCCAAGUUCCUACACUGCUUCCGCGUCCACCACCGAAGCCGCCCCUCCUUGGCUUCAUCCACAUACGCAUAUACGAUGUCGUCUUUACCCCUGUUCUGGACCCUCCGGACCGCAUCCCGCCUCAGCGAUUCGACCUGCGGCCCCGCAAUGUCGAAAGUGGCACGCAGUUGAUAGUCAACCUGCUCGAUUGCCGCCAUGGCCGUGUCCUUCUCCUUCUCACGAAGAAGGAGCGUCGUAAGGUCAUCGUUUGUGACCCCAUCACCGGUGAGCAGCAUGGCCUGUCGUUUCCGCCAAAGUUCGAAGGAACAUAUGUCGUCAAUGGGGCCGUGCUCUGUGCUACCACCGAACGUGACCACGUGCACGGAAGCUGCCACUUGAGCCCCUUCAAGGUGGUGCUGAUCUCCUAUUCUGGAGGCGUUAAUAGGCCCAUUGCCUGUGUUUACUCCUCAAAGAUUGGCAUAUGGGGUGAUAUCAUCUCGGUAGUGUUAGGUUGAUCUCUCUCCCGUUCGAACCCAACGAGUCGAACGGGCCCCUGACGUUGAUGGGCCCCUGUGACCCGCGCUAUAUAAACAGAGGUAGGGGCCAGGGCACGACUUACGAGGUUAAUCGCUGCCACAAUCCCCGCCUACAAUCCCUACCGAUUAGGGUAAGCGCGGUGCUCACGGGAAGCACACCACCGCCGCCAUCUCAGUCCACAUCGCCGCCGUCACCACACCACCAUGGCCGGCGCUGAAUCGAGUUCAUCCGCACCAGGAGAAGGAGGCUUUCACUUGAUGAGUUGCCUAAAAGAAGUUCCGACACUUAGAGGUGACAACCACACUGAGUGGAGGAAGAAAGUUGAACUGGCAUUUGUUUGUGCUGAUCUUGACUGGGUUGUGGAGAAACCACAGCCGGUCAAACCCACAGAGCCAGUAAGAGAGGCCACUGAUGAUGAUGCUGCAUGGGCUAAAAAGAAGGGGGACUAUGCUCCUUUGGAGCAAUCUUACCUCAUAGAUAACCAAAAGUGGGUCAAUGCAAACAAAAAGUGCAUGGCUUUUAUAAAGAAUACAAUUGAGAGCGCCAUUGUGGGCUCCAUUGCAGAGUGCACUUCCGCAGGGGAGUUGCUUACAAAGAUAAAGAGCCAGUUCACUGGCUCUUCAAAGAUCUAUGCCACCCAGGUGUUAGAGCAGCUGGUGACAGAACGCUACACAUGUGGUAGUCAUGGAAUAAGAGAGCACAUCCUCAGGAUGAGUAAUAUGGCAACAAAGCUCAAGACCAUGGAUGCGGAUCUGGAGAUCAAACCAGCGCUCCUGGUCCACCUGGUCAUGGCUUCACUGCCACAGGAGUUUGCAACUUUUGUUGUAAACUAUAAUAUGUCACCUGGAACAUGGGACAUUGAAAAGACAAUAGCAAUGUGUGUCCAAGAAAAGGACAGACUCAAAGCCGCACAUGGUGGUUCACUCAACUAUGUGAAGGAUUACAAGAAAAAGAACUACAAUCAAAACAACAAAAGUUCUCCUUCAAAGAAUGGAAAAGCCCCCUAUCAGCAUCAGCAUCAGCAACAGCCUUUCUCAGUGGACAAAGACACGUGUCUCCACUGCAAGCAGAAAGGGCAUUACAAGAAAGACUGCACUGCUUGGCUGAAGUCAGUCAUGGCAAAAAGAGGGAUUCCAUUCGACGCGAACUAUGCUAAGAAGCGAAUGACGCAUUGAAGUGGCAAACGGAGUUGAAGAAGAAGUUCAAGCUGUCGGUGACAUCUCCUUGGAGUUAGCUGGCGGAUUCAAUCUUCUACUUAGAGAUGUUUUAUUUGUUCCAUCAUGUCAUAGAAACUUAAUUAGUGUUUUUUGUUUGGACAAAGAUAAUUAUGAAUGUCAUUUUGA